UCCCAUCAGGGCGCACUCACUCUCUCACUCACUCACUAACACUAACUCCUCUCGCUCAGUCUCAGGGCUACUGCGGGACCAGGUCGGGGGGAAAUCACGGCGGAAACUUGAAGCAAAGAUGCGGGCGCUCGGUGCCGUGGGAGUCGGGGUGUUUUGGGCGCUGCUGGGCGCUCUGGUGCCCGGCGGCGCGUCGGAUCUGUUGACGCUGGUGCAGGAGCAGGUCAAGUCCGAGUCAGUCCUGCUGAAGCCAAAGGUUAUGAUCGCCAUUGUGGCUCGUAACGCAGAGCACAGCCUGCCUCACUACCUGGGCUGCAUAGAGAAGCUGGAGUACCCAAAGGAACGCAUAGCGAUCUGGGCAGCAACAGACCAUAACACAGACAACACUACUGCCAUGCUGAGAGAAUGGCUGAAGAGAGCUCAGCAUAUGUACCACUAUGUGGAGUGGAGACCCAUGGAGGAGCCAAAAUCUUACACAGAUGAGUGGGGUCCGAAGCACUGGCCUCCUUCAAGGUUCAACCAUGUGAUGAAGCUACGACAGGCAGCACUGAAGUCUGCCAGGGAACGAUGGGCCGACUACAUACUAUUUGUAGACAGUGACAACCUGUUGACCAACCCACAAGUGCUCAACCUGAUGAUGGCUGAAAACCUGACUCUUGUGGCUCCCAUGUUAGAGUCUCGCUCACUUUACUCCAACUUCUGGUGCGGGAUCACCCCUCAGGGUUACUAUAAGCGAACCCCAGACUACCAGCCCAUUAGGGAGUGGAAGCGUCUCGGCUGUUUCCCUGUUCCCAUGGUGCACAGCACCUACUUGCUGGACCUGCGUCGGGAAUCCACAAGGGACCUGACUUUCUACCCUCCUCACCCAGACUACAGCUGGGCGUUUGAUGACAUCAUGGUGUUUGCUUUCUCAGCCCGUCAAGCAGGUGUACAGAUGUAUGUGUGUAACAGAGAACACUACGGUUACCUGCCUGUUCCUCUCAAAGCACAGCAGAGUGUGGAGGAUGAGAGCGAGAGUUUCAUACACACCAUCACAGAGGCACUGAUUGACCACGACAUUGAGGCCUCUGAGCACCUGUACUUUCCGCCAUCGCCACAGGACACAAUGGGCUUUGAUAAAAUUUUACUGAUCAACCUGAAGCGCCGUCUGGACAGAAGAACCAGGAUGUUGAAAUCAAUGACUGCCCUGGGUUUACACGCCACGCUGACUGAUGCAGUGGACGGCAAGGCUCUGAAUUCGUCCCAGCUGCAGGCACUUGGUAUAGAAAUGAUGCCCGACUAUAAGGACCCGUACUCUGGUCGAGUCCUGACCCGAGGGGAGAUUGGUUGCUUCCUCAGCCAUCACUCCAUAUGGAUACAGAUGUUGGAGCAGGGCCUCCAGAGAGUUCUUGUUUUAGAGGACGAUGUGAGGUUUGAGCCCAGGUUUAAAAGACGAAUUCAGGCCAUAAUGGAUGACGUAGACAAAACCCAGCUGGACUGGGACCUCAUAUAUAUUGGACGUAAGCGCAUGCAGGUGCAGCAGCCUGAGCAGUCUGUGGAAGGUGUAAACAACCUGGUGAAGGCCGAUUACUCCUACUGGACGCUCGGCUAUGCACUUUCACAGCAAGGAGCCAGAAAGCUACUAGAUGCAGAUCCCUUCACAAGGAUGUUGCCUGUGGAUGAGUUCCUGCCUGUCAUGUUCGACAAACACCCCAAUACGAAGUACAUGUCUCACUUCAACCCACGGGACCUGCAGGCCUUCUCUGUGGAACCUCUACUCAUCUACCCCACCCACUACACUGGAGAGCCUGGCUACAUCAGUGACACUGAGACUUCCACCAUCUGGGAUGAUGAAGCCGUACUCACUGAUUGGGACCGACAACACGCACGCAAGACGGCCCAACAGGGCAGCAUCCGGCCUGUGGCACAGAACAGCGUCACCGGAGACUCGCCGCCUCCUGCAGCUCGUGCCUCACGAGAUGAACUGUGAUACACACACCUGAGAGCGUUAGGUGACACACACCUGAGACUGAGAGAGACUCCUGUUUACUGUGCAGUGUACACACAGUGAAUUUAAGGUGUACACCCACUUGAAAAGACUGUUGAACUACAAGCUGACAUACUGUACAUUCAUUCAUGGAUAAAAGUCAAGUUCUGAUGUCAGUAAAGGGACUCUGAGGAGAGGAAGAGGAGGAGAACCUGGGAUGAGGGCCAGCAGGCCUUUGACAAAAAGCUUUAUUUAUUCCCUGUGUGCCUCCUCUGGGCAUGUGGAGACACUUACAGCCUGAUGAAACUUAAGCAACACAUGGACCAGAGCUAACAUUAUUUGCAGUUUGUGUGAAAAAGAUAAAAAUCCUCCUCACAAAUCAAUGUUUUUUAUUGUUAAAGACAAUUAUUGUUAUUUAAAAAGAAAAACAUGUGUUUUGUUUAUUGGACAGCAGAGGAAUAAAGACGUUUUUAAGCUGUUUGAAAACAACUCUUAAGUGUGAGUGGGAAACUUAA